AUGGAUAAGAAUACGAAAGAGAACCAUUCUGGCUACCCCAGCCGUGUGACGAAAAUUGCUAAUCCCAUUGGGGAUGCCCCGAAACGUGUCCCUGUGUCUCAGCAUUCUGCCCAGAGCCGGUUACUGAACUGUGGAGUUCAAGCACAACGUGUUCUGUGUCCUUCAAACUUUCCCCAGCGAGUUCCUGUACAAUCACAAAAAUCUGUACUGUCAAACCAAAAACUGUCUAAUAACCAGACAACGCAGCAGCCCCGACCAAAGUUUCCGGCCCAGCCAACUGCUAGGCCUCAGGUUCCAAGCAAGAGCAAUGAAAAACCUCAACAGGCUCCAGUACCUGCAAAAAAUUCUGAAGCAGAAAGCACCUCUAAACAGAAAAACGAAGAGACUGCUAAAAAGAAAAAUGAAGAGACUAAAAAGAGGCAAUGGUCUCUUGAUGAUUUUGAAAUUGGUCGUCCUCUGGGGAAAGGAAAAUUUGGAAAUGUGUACCUGGCACGUGAAAAGCAGAGCAAAUUUAUUCUUGCACUGAAAGUGCUCUUUAAAACACAACUUGAGGAAGCUGGUGUAGAACAUCAACUACGAAGAGAAGUUGAAAUACAGUCUCAUCUUAGGCACCCCAACAUUCUCAGAUUAUAUGGCUACUUCCACGAUGUUACAAGAGUCUACCUUAUUCUAGAGUAUGCACCUCGUGGAGAAGUCUACAAAGAACUUCAGAAGCUUACCAAGUUUGAUGAGCAAAGAACUGCUACUUACAUCACAGAACUAGCAGAUGCCCUAUCAUACUGUCAUUCAAAGAGCGUGAUUCACCGAGACAUCAAGCCAGAAAACUUGCUGCUUGGCUCAAAUGGAGAAUUAAAAAUUGCUGACUUUGGAUGGUCUGUGCACGCUCCAUCUUCCAGGAGAACAACUCUCUGUGGGACACUUGACUACCUGCCUCCUGAAAUGAUCGAGGGAAGAACACAUGAUGAAAAGGUGGAUAUUUGGAGCCUGGGAGUUCUGUGCUAUGAAUUCCUUGUAGGGAAACCACCUUUUGAAGCAGAAACAUACCAGGAAACCUACAGAGCUAUUUCCAGGGUGGAAUUCAAGUUUCCUCCAUUUGUAACAGAAGGUGCGAGGGAUUUAAUUUCGAAGCUUCUGAAGCAUAACCCAUUCCAUCGACUGCCCCUGAAGGAUAUACUUCUUCAUCCCUGGAUUACAGCAAACUCUACAAAGAUGCCCAACAGCAGAAAAAGUGAUGUUGCUGCCCCAUCCAGAACAUAG